UUCUCUUAUUCGGUCGAAAAGCCUGAACAGAAGCCAGGUCUUGUUCAUUAGGAGGAUUCAGAAGUCAUCGAGAGUUUUUGGAUCGAGUUUCUCAGUUCUUGGGCUUGAAGCAAUUUUUGGACGAAAACAGGGAAGUGAAAGAGGAAGGGAUGGGGUCAGAAGGUGCAAAGGGUGGUAUUACCAUUAACGUGACGGGGUUCAAGAAGUUUCUAGGGGUGGUUGAAAAUCCAACGGAGAGAAUAGUGAAUAAUCUGAAGGAGUAUACGGAGAAAAGAGGCUUGCCCGAGGGAGUGACCCUUGGAAGCUGCACUGUUCUUGAGACUGCUGGUGAAGGCGCAAGGCCCCAACUUUACAAGCUCUUGGAGUCGCCUGUCUCUGGAUCCGUUAACAGCAAUCAAACUGUUGUCUGGCUUCAUCUUGGGGUGAAUAGUGGGGCGACAAAGUUUGCCAUUGAAAGGCAGGCCGUGAACGAAGCUCAUUUCCGUUGUCCUGACGAGUUAGGCUGGCAACCACAGCGGGUUCCUAUAGUCUCGGAAGAUGGUGGAACUUCCAAGAUAAAAGAGACGUCGUGCUCAACGGAGGUGAUCUUAAAGAAUCUGAAGAACAGGGGAUAUGACAUCGUACUAUCAGACGACGCUGGCCGAUUUGUAUGCAACUACGUGUACUACCACUCGCUCCGGUUCACAGAGCAGAAGGGCCACAAAUCUCUGUUCGUUCACGUCCCUCUCUUCUCCAGAAUCGACGAAAACACGCAGAUGCAGUUCGUGGCUGCUCUCAUGGAAGCCAUUGCCUUGACAUGUUAGCCUUUGUAUUCCCCUCGUGUAAACUUAAAAUGUAUAUUUAUUGCGUUUCGUGAAGGCUUGUUUCUUUGGUUUGGAAUUGGGAUUGUAAAUCAGCUGGAAUUUGUGGUAAAGACGGUCUCUCGAGGUUCAGAUACUUUCUGGGUUUGUUGGCUUCGUUUACCAAGCAAUGGAGGCGGGGAAGAAUGACCUUCUUCUGAUCGUCUGUGUAAUAAAAAUCACUCAUUCAAAGUGAAAGGUCAGAUCUUUCAAUGUUA